AUGGAAAGGGUGUAUGCACGAUUGAGAUCAGGACUUUUUCAUGAGUUUAAAAGGUUCGGGAGAAUUACAUCUGUUCACAUUCGAAGUACUACAGAAGACCGUUUUGGGCUGGUAUUUUUUCGACUUAAAGAACAUCAGGAAAUAGCUUUGUCUUCAUUAAAAGGGAGAUAUUUUUAUGGAGCACCAAUAGAGGCCAAAGAAUGGACUGAACCUGAGCCAGAAUCUGAAGAAGGGCGGUUGCUUGGAAAAGGGAUAAAUCCUUACCAUUAUAGAGCCAACCGAUCACUCUUCGUUAGUAACUUGGAAGAAACAACAAGCAGCAGUGAUCUUAAAAAACUCUUUCAGCGCUUUGGAGACAUCAUGAAAAUUGAAGUUAAAAUGGUGAGAGGAGUUCCUCAAUAUGGGUUUGUGACAUUUGGUGAUAUCAUUAGCGUCUGCAAUGCCAUUAAAGAAAUGGAUGGCCAGAAACUUGGGAGCAACAGGUUGAAGAGGGAUGAGUACUUAAAGGAAUACUUGCAGCAGAAGUUAUGUGGUGAUGCUGUUUCGUUUUUUCCCGUGUCUGACGAAAUUUUUGGAGAGGAUGAUAAGCUUGUUGUGGUGCAGAUACCCACUCAAGCUUAA